UUCUAAGUUUGAUGAUUCAAGGCCAAAUGGGAAAGGUCUGCUUGUGGACCAAAGCGCUGGGGGUCAGGAUAAACCAGAAAACUUACUCACAAGACAGACUAAAUCCAAGUCUGAAAUUACUGACAUGGUUCGCUCCUCCACUAUCACAGUAUCAGACAAGGCUCAUAUUUUAUCGAUGCAGAAGUUUGGACUGCGAGAUACAAUUGUGAAAUCACGCCUAGUACAGAAAGAAGAGGAUUAUACCUAUAUCCAGAACUUCAGGUUUUUUGUGGGAACAUACAAUGUGAAUGGACAGUCACCUAAAGAAUGCCUCCAGCCCUGGCUGAGCCAUGGUAUCCAGGCCCCAGAUGUAUAUUGUGUAGGAUUCCAGGAGCUUGAUCUGAGUAAGGAAGCCUUUUUCUUUCAUGACACCCCAAGGGAAGAAGAGUGGUUUAAAGCUGUUUCAGGUGGUCUUCAUCCAGAUGCCAAAUAUGCAAAGGUGAAGCUCAUCCGACUGGUUGGGAUUAUGCUGCUGUUAUACGUCAAACAGGAACAUGCAGCAUAUAUCUCAGAAGUGGAAGCUGAGACGGUGGGGACAGGAAUCAUGGGGAGGAUGGGUAACAAAGGAGGCGUGGCGAUCAGGUUCAAGUUCCACAACACCAGCAUCUGCAUUGUGAAUUCUCACUUGGCAGCCCACACAGAAGAGUAUGAGAGGAGGAAUCAAGACUAUAAAGACAUUUGUUCUCGAAUGCAGUUUUGUCAGGUUGACCCAAGCCUUCCCCCUCUCACCAUCAGCAAGCACGAUGUGAUCUUGUGGCUGGGGGACCUCAACUACAGGAUAGAAGAGCUGGAUGUGGAAAAAGUGAAAAAGCUCAUCGAGGAGAAGGCCUUUCAAACCCUGUAUGCAUAUGAUCAGUUGAAAAUUCAGGUGGCUGCAAAGACUGUCUUUGAAGGCUUCACAGAGGGUGAACUCACAUUCCAGCCUACCUAUAAGUAUGAUACUGGCUCCGACGAUUGGGAUACCAGUGAGAAGUGUCGUGCCCCUGCCUGGUGUGAUCGGAUCCUCUGGAAAGGGAAAAACAUCAUGCAGCUGAGUUACCAGAGCCACAUGGCCCUGAAGACCAGUGACCACAAGCCUGUCAGCUCACUGUUUGACAUUGGGGUGAGGGUCAUCAAGGAAGAGCUUUACCGGAAGACUCUGGAGGAAAUUGCUCGCUCCCUGGAUAAGAUGGAAAAUGCCAACAUUCCUUCUGUGACUCUGUCCAAGCGAGAGUUCUGUUUUCAGAAUGUGAAGUACAUGCAAUUGCAAGUAGAAUCCUUUACAAUUCGUAAUGGACAAGUACCCUGUCAGUUUGAAUUCAUCAACAAGCCUGAUGAAAAGUCUUACUGUAAGCAGUGGCUGAAUGCUAACCCCAGCAGAGGGUUCCUCCUACCAGAUUCUGACAUUGAGAUUGAAUUGGAGCUCUUUGUAAAUAAGGCUACGGCUACAAAGCUCAACUCGGGUGAAGACAAAAUUGAGGACAUUCUGGUUUUGCACUUAGAAAGGGGAAAGGAUUACUUUUUGUCCGUGUCUGGGAACUACCUGCCCAGCUGUUUCGGGUCUCCCAUUCACACAUUGUGCUACAUGAGGGAGCCAAUCUUGGACCUACCACUUGAAACUGUUAGUGAGCUGACUCUGAUGCCAGUAUGGACUGAAGAUGAUGGGAGCCAGUUGGAGAGCCCCUUGGAAAUCCCUAAAGAGCUCUGGAUAAUUGUUGAUUACCUGUACCGAAAUGCUAUGCAGCAGGAAGAUCUGUUUCAGCAGCCAGGCCUAAGGUUGGAAUUUGAACAUAUCAGGGACUGUUUGGAUACUGGAAUGAUUGAUAACCUCUCCGCUAGCAAUCAUUCUAUAGCCGAAGCCUUGCUGCUUUUCCUAGAGAGCCUGCCAGAGCCUGUCAUCUGUUACAGUGCUUACCAUAACUGCUUGGAGUGUUCUGGCAACUACACAGCAAGCAAACAGGUCAUUUCUACUCUCCCCACAUUCCACAAAAACGUGUUCAACUACUUGAUGGCAUUUUUGCAAGAACUGCUGAAAAAUUCAGCCAAAAAUCAUUUGGAUGAGAAUAUUCUAGCUAGCAUAUUCGGCAGCUUACUGCUUCGAAACCCAACUGGUCACCAAAAGCUUGAAAUGGCAGAGAAGAAGAAGGCUCAAGAAUUUAUUCACCAAUUCCUCUGCAACCCACUCUGAGCCUCUCUGUCUCCUCCGCUAUUUUACAUGAAGCAGCCAGUUACCAGCCCCACCUGUUUUAGAUGCCUUGAGAUGAUAUGAGGCCACUCAGAAGUAAGAAUGGCGGUUGUCUGUUUCCUGAGCCUAGAUCCCCCUAUCCCUGCCAUUGGUCAGCACACUCAGUGCUACUGUGAGUUUUGAAGACAUGGGGGAAAAUCCACCAUAAUAAAACUGACAGUUGAUGUUCAACUUUAGUUACUUAGCAUAGAUAGAUCCCUACUCAUUUUUUUAAUUCAAAAAAUUUAAAAAUAAUUGUACUUGUGUGCUCACUCAACCUGCCUCCAGGGCAUAGUUAGUGCCUUCCUUGAGGCUGAGUUGAGUUCCAUAUGAUGAGAUAUUUGAACACUGUGGAUUCCUGAAAGAAGAAUAAGUUGGACAGCAAGAAUGCAGGUGGAAGCUGCUGGAUAAACAGGCCACAGCCAUCCCGGAUUCUUCCAGUGCUCAGUCUGAGGACAUGUGAAUAUGCAUGUAUAAACUCUACCCCUCUUCCUACUUAUAUAUGGCUCAAUCACUCUGAGGCUGGCCGCUCAGCCUCUGAGGGCAAUAUACUGGCUUAAAAGUGAAAACACCAAAGAAAUGGGUGUUCUGGUGAAACAAGUGGGAUUUUCUGGGCCAGCAAAUCCUCCCUACUGUAUAUGAUGCCUUCCUUCUCAUAUGUGUAAUAUAUUUUAAUGAUAAAUAUAUUUUUAACAUUG